AUGAAGGCUUCUGUCACGCUAAUAGUAUUCAUCGCGAUUAUAUCGUUAAGCCAGUCCUUCCCCAAUGGACUUUUAAACACUAUAUCGGAUUUCAAACGGGCUCUUCCUAAUGCUCCUAAUGGCUACACGCCUGAAGGCGAGACAUGCCUGGUAAAUAAGCCAUCCAUCCGGAACGCAACGGGUCUCUCGCCCAACGAAACGGCAUGGCUGGCAGUAAGAAGAAAUGUCACGGUGGGCGCGAUGGAAGCCUUCUUUGGGAGGAUUAACUUGGGUUCUCUGAAUGCCAGCUCCUACCUUCACCAACAUGCCAACAAUGCAUCGGCUUUACCAAAUAUCGGAAUCGCCGCGUCUGGUGGUGGGUAUCGAGCUCUAAUGAAUGGCGGCGGAGCUCUCCAAGCUUUCGAUGCCCGCACGACAAACUCCACUCUUCCGGGCCACCUUGGGGGCAUUUUACAGUCAGCUACCUAUCUCGCUGGACUGAGCGGUGGCAGUUGGCUGGUUGGGUCAUUGUAUAUGAACAAUUUCACCACUGUUUCUGCGCUGCGGGACAGCGGCUCGGUGUGGCAGUUUCAAAACUCCAUCUUGGUAGGUCCAACUGACAGCAACUAUUUUCGGGUUUCGACUCCCCGGUAUUACUCGCAGCUACAGGAUGCAGUCAGUGGAAAGUCGGACGCGGGUUAUGCCACUUCUAUCACGGAUUACUGGGGUCGUUCUCUUUCGUACCAGCUUAUCAAUGCCACUCAGGGGGGCCUUGACUAUACGUGGUCUUCGAUUGCCUUGAGCGGGGACUUCCAACAGGGAAACACGCCCAUGCCCCUGGUCGUUGCUGACGGGAGAGCGCCGGGCGAGAUUCUGAUCCCCGAGAAUACGACGGUCUUCGAGUUCAACCCGUGGGAAAUGGGCACCUUCAGUCGACCUCUGUCAGCAUUUGUCCCCCUACAGUUUCUUGGGUCGAAUUUCUCCUCCGGUACACUUCCCAGCGGACGGCCUUGCGUUCGUGGAUAUGACAAUUCCGGGUUCGUUAUGGGGACCUCGUCCUCUCUAUUCAACCAGGCAUUCCUCCAGCUAAAUAACACGGAGGCACCCCAGGCGCUCAAGAACUCCAUUCAUAACAUCCUCGCGUCAAUUGGGGAAAACAACAACGAUAUAGCUGUCUACGAACCGAAUCCGUUCUAUCUGUAUAAUAACCAGUCGGUGUACGCGCAUUCCACCAUGUUGACCCUCGUGGAUGGAGGCGAAGAUCUGCAGAACAUCCCUCUGGUUCCCCUUCUCGUGUCUCAACGCAAUGUCGAUGUGAUUUUGGCCCUUGACUCUUCCGCCGAUACCGCCACACGAUGGCCGAACGGGACAUCCAUGGUAGCAACCUACGAACGGAGCGUGAACUCGUCGGGGCAAAGCCCGCAUGACCGCAUCGCUUUUCCGCCUGUGCCGGAUCCAAACACAUUCGUGAAUCUGGGGUUGAACAACCGGCCAACUUUCUUUGGAUGCAACAGUUCAAACGUCACGGCGGGGACGCCCCUGGUGGUGUAUAUCCCGAAUGCGCCCUACAUAUAUGCAUCCAACGUGUCCACGUUCGAUCUCGCGUACAAUACUACGGAACGCGACGUGAUCAUCGAGAACGGCUACGAUGUGGCAACCAUGGGAAAUGCAACAGUAGACUCUCACUGGGCGACUUGCCUGGGCUGUGCGAUAUUAAGCCGAAGCUUAGAACGAACGCACACGGCUGUGCCGGAUAUCUGCACAACAUGUUUGCAAAAGUAUUGCUGGGAUGGUUCAAUCAACACCACCAAUCCCGGGAACUAUUCUCCAGAAUAUAAACUGAGUCCGGUUAGGCUCGAAUAG